AUGAAGGGGGUUCGAUGCAUCCAAGGAGGGGCAUCGGUUCCUCUGGGCGAUCGUCGCGAACCGCUCAAACAGCUCAAUUUGCAAAAUGGUGCGAGGAACCCUACGACGAAAACAAAACGUGGCAAAGAACGGUGGAUCGAGAUCGGGCGCAAGAAUGUCCAAGUCUCUUCGUCGUGCCAUGAGGUAUUCGCAGCUUCUCCCUUGCCUCGGACGAAGAGCGAUCGACAACCCGGAGCGGGAUCGGCCCUCGAGCUUCCCACAAGUCGUGCCGCUGUUCAGACCGAAUCUUCUCAAGUACCGACAAAACGAACAACGCAAUCAACACCCUCCAAUCACGAUAUGAAUCCCUCGUCUCCAAUCGAACCCGGUUGGAUCCUCGACGCUUCUGGCGAGGUCGUCAAGGUUUCACCUGAUUGGGAGGAGGAGCCGCCGGACUGCGAGUGGGCGAUGCGGAAAGGGCCGGCAGAUGAUGUCGUUGCUCGUUGUCGUCAACUUGGUACUCGAGAGCUGUCGUCGGCUUCCCCUCCUCUUUCACCAAUCACUUUACACGAGGCGAAAUGGGAAGCGAUGCGUCGAGACGUGCCGAGCAACAGAUCGAUACAGAUCACGCUCGUCAACGAUCUCCUCUUGGGUGCGGUCGCUCGAGGUCUCGAGCUCAAUCGAAUGACACGGAAGCGAAGUGUGGACGCCAUCAAAGGUACCCAAGACCAGCCUUCUGCGAACUUGGUUCGACCUGCCGAAACUUCGAAACCACCUGCCAGGCCGACCUGCACCACCUGCACCGGCCCCGCUGACCCGACUAUCGAAGGACCGAACAACUUGCCCCUACCUAGAACACCUCAUCUCGAACCUCCCCCCCUUGCAGAACUACCCUUCAUACCCCGUUCCCCCAAUAUCCCCUCAACGCUCUUCCUCAACCCACGAGAAUACUACCUACCCUACCUCGAGCGUCCCGAACAAACCAAGCUUCAACUUCUCCAACGCGCUUACGCAACAUCAAGUAGUCUGAAUCCCAAGAAAUUGCUGUUCGAUUGGGGGGAGGGUAGGAAGGGGAGGGGGAGGGGGAGGGGGGAAAAUUUACCGAGGGUUUGGGGGAAUGCGCCGGAGAUGGAGUCGUUGGUCGCUUGGGUGGGAAGUGGGAUUGGGCCGGGGUAG